UUUGUUCGACGACUUGUUGUCAGUAACGCCAAGUCCGUCGUGAGAGUUUGUUUCGAAUGUACGAAACUUUUGUCUGAAUUUCGCGCUUUUCACCUGUUCAGCACUCACUUGCACGACUCCGGUAAAGCUGAACCAUAGAGUGUGCCUAAUAAUUGAAGAAGGCGUCAGCGAGUCGAAAACCAGGUUAGGAAAGAAGAGUGUUAACGGUCGAGGCUUGAAGUUCGGUUUGCAUCUUCCAUUAAUUAAAAUAGAAAUCGGAAGUUACAAUCGUGUGUGUACUGGCAUGCGUGCGUAGCUUAGUCAGGUGUAACGAAUCCACCACGGAAUUUUAGGUACCGAUAAUUACGUAUAUGAUUGAUCACAGAAAGAAAUGAUAAUAAUAAGGUAUCUCAGCAAGCACUAAAUUGCUACUGUCUUACUUUCCAUCCCCUCGGGGGUAAGUCCUGAAGUAAUCGCGAAAACAUAGACUAUACGUUGUGACGGUGAAGUGUGAAUUUGACCGAAAGCAAAACUCAUCUCUUUUUGAAAAAUCAGCAUAAAAAGAUUCAGGAAGUAGAGUGAACAUAUUGCAAGUGAUUUAAAGAAGUCAUAAGUGUUGCUUCAUACUCAACCAGCAGUACUAUCUCCCUAACGACUACGUACGAGCUUUUGUGUGUUUCUUGGAUUGCAGCAACUCGACCCGAGCUCAUACUUCCGCAAAACAUUGUUUGGACAUAGCGGACUUGUAGUUUUAGGUGCUGUGCACAUUCAUGUUUAUUCAAAAAUUGAAACAGAAAUGUAAUAGAAAACGAUGUGGUAACAAAAUAUCAGUUGGAGAUAAAUUUAAAACGGCGAUCAUGAUAAUAAUUGGAUAAACACUUUUAUAUGAUCGAUGCUCACAACUCAUUCAACUUGAAAGUUAAUACUCAGUUUCUAAAAGAAGCAAUAAAAUAUAAUUGAUAUCGUGCGCGUGUGAAAAGUGGAGUUUUCCUGACCGCAAAUUAAAUUGCUGCGUAUUGUUAUUUUUAAAUUAGUUAUAUAAAAUAUAAAAAUAUAAAUCACAAUUAUGCACGGAGGACGAAGUAAAUUAUGCGCGAAAUUAUCGAGCACGUUCCUAAGGAAAUGGUGGUUCGCGAUCGCGUUUGCAUUAUGCCUUCUAAUACUCGGAGUGCUAAUCACGUGCGGAUUUUCAGCUUUAAUUAGGCUAAUCGUAGAUCAUCAAGUAGCACUGCGGCAGGGCGGACAAAGUUUCGGAUGGUGGUCGAAACCUCCCGUGGAACCCAUUAUCAGAAUUUUCGUUUAUAAUGUGACGAAUGCUGACGAAUUUUUGAAUAAUGGAUCAAAGCCUGCAUUAGACGAAUUGGGACCAUAUGUGUACAAAGAAACGUGGGAGAAGGUCGACAUAGUAGAAAAUCCAAACGGCACGAUAAGCUUCAACCAGAAAAAAGUGUACGUCUUCAGUGAAGAACUUUCUAAUGGGUCCGAGGAUGAUGUGGUCAUUGUACCAAACAUUCCAAUGUUAAGUGCAACAUCGCAGAGUAAACACGCGGCCAGGUUUCUACGUCUCGCCAUGGCUAGUAUAAUGGACAUUCUGAAGAUCAAACCAUUCGUUGAAGUCUCCGUGGGCCAGCUUUUGUGGGGUUACGAAGAUCCGUUGUUAAAACUGGCCAAAGAUGUGGUGCCGAAGGAACAGAAGCUACCAUACGAAGAAUUUGGAUUGAUGUAUGGAAAAAAUAGCACAUCGCCGGAUCGAGUAACUAUAUUCUCAGGAAUUGACGACAUCCGGAAAUAUGGUAUUAUUGAUAAAUACAAUGGAAAAUCACAUCUUCCACAUUGGCUAAGUGAAGAAUGCAAUCGACUCAAUGGUACCGAUGGAUCUAUUUUCCCGCCACACAUCACACCUAAUACGACACUUUACAUCUACGAUAAGGAUCUUUGCCGCCUGCUACCUCUAGUCUACGAAAAAGAUGUCAUAACACGAAAUGAUGUUAAAGGGAUGAGGUUUACCCCUGCAAGUAAUGUUUUCGCCGAUGUUGAGACGAACCCAGAUAAUAUGUGCUUCUGCCCAGCUGGUCCACCAUGUGCACCAAAUGGUCUGUUCAACGUGUCCCUUUGCCAAUACGAUUCACCAAUUUUACUCAGUUUCCCUCACUUCUACCAAGCUGACCAAACCUUGAGACUGGCUGUUGAUGGAAUGUCACCUCCUGAAAAAGAAAAACAUGAAUUCUUCAUCGACGUGCAACCUGACAUGGGAACAUCGUUGCGCGCUCGUGCCCGUAUUCAAAUCAACUUGGCUGUAAGUCAAGUUAUCGAUAUUAAGCAGGUAGCCAACUUCCCCGACAUCAUAUUCCCAAUUCUCUGGUUUGAAGAGGGAAUCGACGGACUUCCGGACGAAAUCACAGACCUUAUGAACGUGGCUGCAACAGUUCCACCGAAAGCACGAAUUGUACUGAUGAUUAUCUUCUUUGCCCUCGGCGGGUUACUCUUCGUGAUUGCCGUGUUCUGUCUGAUAAGACGGUCGCAUCGCCAAAGCACGUUACACUUAGAAGGCUCAAACUAUUUGGCCACCGCCCAAAUAGAUUUGGCUAAGAAAAAGGCCAAGGAGAACAAGAAGUAGUGCAAACGUAGAAUCUCGUCGUUUAGAAGCAAUUACACAGUGCAAAACACAAAAUAUUCGAAAUUUCUAGAAAGUGCAUUAAUUAUUUCCAAAUUCUCUCCGGUAGCUUUUGAUUGCGAAUUUAAAUGUGAAAAAUAUUGAAGUGGGUGACCGUUGUAAGGCCAUCUGAAUCCCAUCCAAACUGGCUUUAUGACGGUCAUUAUUUUAUUGUACAGAACUCGAACAAACCUAACACACACUUAGUAAGUACAGAAGAUAAAGGAACUGUACGUCCGUUGUCCAGUAUUUACUGGAAAUUUCGAAAAAUAGUUAAAUUGAAAGACGCAUCGAAGGCAAUAUGAAUUCCGUCUGCGAUUAUAAUCUCAUAACGUGCAUAUUAUCAUAUAAUUGUUCUUAAGGUUACUUUUAAGGUAUCAGAGAAUUACAACUUACUUCUCCGUAAAUAUACAUAUUUUUAUAACUAGGGGCUAAGCUAGGUUCAUUUUCAAAUCUGUCGUUAUUGUAUUUGUGGUCAAUUUCAUGCUUUCCCGUUGUACCUUGUAAAUAAUGUACUCUUCCCUCUUCCCAAAUACAUCUAUAUGUGUAACUCCUUUGUCUAGGCUAUUCUCUGUCUAUUUAUCUUUUGCUCUAGUUUGUGGUGAAUUCGUCACUCAAAAUAAAAGUGGUGGAACGUUGUACUAUGAAAUGAUUGUAAAUUUUUAUAUCCUUCUUAAUUGUACUUGUACUAGUAAAUAUCGAAAUAGGUGAAGCAACUUAUUACGGUUCAAGCGAUGGUAAUUAGAAAGGAUAACAAUUCGUAGAAAUAUGAAACGAACAUUAGAAACAACUCUGAGACUUGGCGUUCUUGUGUUUUUUACUAUUGUACAGUAGUUCAAAGGGAGAAAUAAAAUAUGAGAAAACGUA